GGCGAAGAAGGCAACGCAGCGAGGCUUCCAUCCGCUCGAUCCACACCCUCGUCCUCCCUCUCACCGGGGAUCUAGCGGCGGCACGGCCGACGGUGCGCAGCCUCGUCGGGACGAGCUCCGGGCGGCGCUGGGAGGAGCUCGGCCGGCGGCACCGUCAUCCUUCCUCUCCGCGCAGAUCCGGCGGCGGCGUGCCUCCCUCUCGGCGCGGAUCCGCCGGCAGCGUGGCCGAGGUGGACCUCAGGCGGCGGCGCGGCCUCGCCGCGAGGAGGUGGCGUGGCUCCCUCUCGGCGCGAAUCCGGCGGCGGCACGGCCGAGGCGGGCCUCGACCGGCGCGCAGCCUCGCGGGAGGAGCUCGGGGCGGCGCUGGGGGGAGCUCGGUCGGCGGCACCGUCGUCCUCCCUCUCCGCGCGGGUCCAGCGGUGGCAUGACUCCCAUGUGAAUCUCCUCGAGUCUUAUGUUCUGGCCGCCUUUCCUGCACAACCGUCUUGUACACUGUAAAGCAACUCGUCGUUCUCUCUCCCACCCACCUCCUCACCUUCUCGGCUUUUCCUCCCACCCAUCCGACCAGCCUCUCUCAUCUCCCCUCUCUCUCGCCGCGGAUCGUGCGGCGGAGGCGGCGGCCGCGAGCGGACGAAACGCGGCCUCGCCGGGAGGAGCUCGGGACGGCGGCAAUGCGGCCGAGGUGGGGGGAGGUCACGACGGCGGCGGAGCGGCCGAGGCGGGGGGAGCUCGGGGUAGCAGCGCGGCCUCGCCGGGAGGAGCUCGUGUUGCUAUUGUGUUCUUUCAUGUGCUCUUUCUUUGGUUAGAAUCUGCUACUUUGGAUCUGGUUGUUUGGCUUUCUUCCUCUCCUGUGAUAUUGCUCUUCCAAUCCACUGUAUUUUUUAUUAUGGAUCUUGCAGGUUGACACUGUCGCUGUAUGCAUUGUGGAGAACGAGGUAUGUUUAGGUGCGGUAAUAUACCUCCAGAUUCAGGUUGCUUUCCAUUGUAUUUUGUGUGUUUAUCUAUGUUUAUGGGUAGAUCGGGAUAAUUAUAUUAGUUCAGGUAGAACCUGUUGUGGUCAAUUAGUCUCUUUUUCGGUGAUUCAAGAUAUAGAUACUUUUUGGUUGGUUGCUGCAAACUUUUGUUUUCCUUUAUUUUUUCGUUUUUAUGCAUAUUUAUAGUGCAGUGAUUUCAAUGGUCACUUGACAUGGGAUUACCUUUUGUGUGUGCUUUCGGCUGGUCUACGCCAUAUUUGGCAAGGGAAUUCUUUCACCGCUUGGGAGAAAAGAUGGGUGACAAGGUGAUGCUUAUUGUUGCUGAACAUGAUGAUAAACUUGUUGCUGGGGCACUUAACCGUAUUGGAGGUGACACGCUGUUUGGUCGCUUAUGGGGAUGUAUGCCAGAUGCUUAUUUCCCCAACUUGCAUUUUGAAGCUUGCUAUUAUCAGGCAAUUCAAGCAACUAUGGAAUUGAACCUGAGUGAGGUCGACGCAGGUGCUCAAGGAGAGCACAAGAUCCAGCACAGUUACCUCCCAGUGACAACAUACAGCUGCCGCUACUUCUUAAAUCCUGGUUUUGGGAUAGCUAUAGGACACUAUCUUGCACAUGAGACAGCUCAGUGUGAUGGUCUGAUGUUAUGAUGGCUGAUAUGCACCUGUUGUGCAAAUAUGGGUGUUCUCCAGUUUUGCAAUAUUGUCAGGUUAGAAUAUGCUGGAGUCAAUGAUGCUAACAAUUCAGAUUAGAAAAUAUUUGACCAGAUGGAGCGCUUUAUUGCUAGAAGAUCACUUUCUUUAAGACCUUUUCUCCUGCAACAUCCGCUCACCGUCAGCACCAGCUUCGCCCCUCGCUGCCCUUCGCUGUCGUCGUCCUCGUCUUCUACGGUACCACCGUCGCCUAUGCGCUGACGUAUGGAUGAAUGUGAGGCUCAAAUUGCUGCUAACCUUGAGAUCAUGGAGCCCUGCUCCAGUGUCAAGGAUAGCAUGAUUACUGAUACAGAAGAGAAGGAUCUCAUCACUUGAGGGAAGGUGAGACUGAAAGCAUGAAUCAACUGCUAGAUUAGAAUAUACUGGACUCAAUGAUGCUAAGAAUUCAGAUUAGAAUAUAUUUCACCGGAGAGAGCACCUUACUACUAGAAGAUCACUGUCUUUAAGACCUGUUGUCCUGCAACAUCCUGCUCGCCGUCUGCACCACCUUCACCCCUCAGCCGCCCUUCUUCGUCGUCGUCCUCAUCGUCUUCUACGGUACCACCGUCGCCUGUGUGCUCAUGUACUACCUGCCCUGAUUGCUUGGCUAAAUUAAUUACUCCACCUUUUGUGCUUAGUUAAUUUCAUUUUAUAAAUUUUCCUGGAUAUGUGCAUGUCUUUGAUUUCUACGUCACAUUAGAAUGAUAGAUGCAUGGUGUUAAUUUUCUCAUACUUUGUAAAUAUCUGAUGCUCUCUCUAUCCCAUAAUAUAAGAUAUAAUUCAUUUAGAAAUCAGUUUUAAUCAACACAUUUAUAGAUCUGAG